AUGCAGUGCUAUACGGAAUUGCUGCCCCCAACGGGCGUGACCAACGCCUUGGCCAUUCCAUUCCUUUCUUCGACCGCCCGAAACCUCAUCGUGGUGCGGUCAUCUGUUCUCCAGAUCUUCACCCUGCUCGGUCCUCCGUCGGAGAGCAGCGAGUCUAAACUGAUACUGGAGAAAGAAUAUCAACUUCCCGGUACCGUUACCGACUUGAGUCGAGUGAAGAUAUUGAAUUCAAAGAGUGGCGGAGAAGCAAUCUUGCUGGCAGUUCGAAAUGCAAAGCUCAGCUUGAUUGAAUGGGAUCCAGAGCGCUACUCUAUCUCCACCGUUUCAAUCCAUUACUAUGAACGAGAUGAUCUUAGCCGAAGUCCCUGGGUCCCGGAUCUGGGAAGCUGCGGUAGUACCCUCAGUGUUGAUCCUAGUAGUCGAUGCGCGGUCUUCAACUUCGGUGUCCGCAAUCUUGCCAUUUUGCCGUUCCAUCAAGCCGGAGACGACUUGGUGAUGGAUGACUACGAUUCUGCACUGGAUGAAAAACGCCCAGACAAGUCCUCUCAAGGGGAAGCUCAAACUGGGAAACCCAAAGAUGAGCAAAGCCAUAUCACCCCCUACGCCUCCUCGUUCGUCCUGCCCUUGACAGCUCUAGAACCUUCAUUGCUGCAUCCGGUCAGCCUGGAAUUCCUCUACGAAUAUAGAGAGCCAACGUUCGGCAUUCUUUAUUCGCAAAUCGCAACCUCAAAUUCUCUGCUCCACGAGAGGAAAGACAUUAUGUUUUACAGUGUCUUCACUCUAGACCUGGAGCAACGAGCCUAUACAACUCUCCUCUCUGUCUCACGACUCCCUAGUGAUCUAUUCAAGGUGCUGGCGCUACCUCCUCCUGUGGGUGGAGCUCUUUUAAUAGGAUCCAAUGAGAUCGUUCACGUGGAUCAAGCUGGCAAAACGACAGCAGUCGGCGUGAACGACUUUUCCAGACAAGUUUCCGCUUUUUCCAUGAGCGAUCAAUCAGAUCUAUCCUUCCGGUUAGAGGGAUGUGUUGUCGAACGACUGGGAGGCGAUAGUGGUGACCUAUUGCUGGUGCUCAAGUCGGGCGAUGUGGCAUUGAUCAAAUUCAAGCUUGAUGGCCGAUCUGUGUCCGGAAUGACUGUUCAUUCUCUCAAAGAUCAAGUAGUAAGCGAUAAUUUGAAAUCAGCUGCUUCAUGCUCUGCUUGCUUCAAUGAUGGCCACCUCUUCAUUGGUAGUGAAGAUGGGGACUCAGUGUUGAUGAGAUGGACUCAUUUUGUAUCUGGAAAAAGAAUACGAGCAGAGCAAAAUCAAGGAGUCAAUGACUCUGAGGAGCUCUCAGAGAGCGAGCAAAUAGACGAUGAUGGCUACGAAGAUGACCUCUACUCUUCAGCUCCAGACCAGAUCCGUAUUGGCUCACGGCCGAAUCCUGGGAAUUCCACUCCUGAAUUUUAUCAUUUCCAACUGAGUGAUAAGCUUUCAAGCAUUGGUCCGCUUCGAGAUAUCACUCUUGGUCGGGCCAUGUCUCAGAGAAACCCACAUGGUCAUUUGUCUGAACACAACCCCCACGGCGAACUGGAACUGGUUGCCUCGCAGGGCUCUGGCAGAGCUGGUGGCCUCGUUGUCAUUAAACGAGAAAUCGAUGCGCUGUCGACGAUGUCUUUCAAGGUUGAGGGCGCCGAUAGCGUCUGGUCGGCCAAAUUGAAUCAGCGAGAAGGAGAGAUUUCCCCAAAAGAACCAGAGGGAAAAGAUUCUUCUAUCCAGUACUUGAUUGUCUCCCGGCCUUCUGAGAAUAAUAAGGAGAUGUCUGAGGUCUUCACUGUUGAACGAUCCGGCAUCAAGGCUUGCAAAGCUCCCGAUUUCAAUCCAAAUGAAGACUCCACUGUUGACAUCGCAACGCUGGCAAAAGGAACCCGCUUGGUGCAAGUCCUGCAAACGGAGGUCAGAAGUUAUGACAAAGAUCUCGGCCUCGCACAAAUAUACCCUGUCUGGGACGAAGACACUGAGGAGGAACGCACUGUGAGAAGCGUUAGCUUCGCAGACCUUUAUAUUGCAAUUAUUCGGGAUGAUUCAUCUCUUUUACUUUUGCAGACAGAUGAGAGUGGCGACCUUGACGAAGUGGCCUUUCCGGGGCAUAAAUCUUCUAAUUGGCGCUUCGGCUCUCUUUACCAUGAUCGAAGUCGAUCAUUUCACAACCAGGCCGAGGAUCUUACAAUCCUGCUAUUACUGGAUCAUGAAUCCAAUUUAUUGAUUUUCAGCGUCCCCGACCUCAAGUUACUAUGGACAAUCAAUGGCGUUGACUGCCUGCAGCCGGUUCUAUCAGUGGAGCCUCCGCGACGCUCAAAUACACGAGAAUCACUGCAAGAGGUCAUCAUUGCCGAUCUUGGAGAUGAAUCAUUCAUCUCACCGUUCUUGAUUGUUCGGACCAGAAAUGACGAUCUCGUGGUUUACAAACCUGUCUUGAAUUUGUCGGAAGCUGAUAAUGAGCGAACUCUACGCCUUCUGUUCUUCCGCGAGGCGAACCAUACCUUGUCAAAUAUUUCUUCCGAAUCGUCAACGAAUGGCACACUUGGGAGUCGACAAGGCUCUCUUCGAGUUCUACCUAACGUGUCAGGACUCAGCACCGUUCUCGUACCUGGACGAUCCGCCAAGUUUCUUGUGAAAACGUCACAAAGUUCCCCUCACACUGUUCACCUUCGCGGUGAGUCCACGCGUUGGCUGAGUAAAUACCAUGCUCCAGCUGCCAGUUGCGAAAACAGCUUUGUACAUGUGGAUUAUGAGAAUAACGUCCAAAUAUGCCAAUUCCCUCCAGGGAUCCAGUUGCAUCACUCCUGGCCGUUGCAAAAGGUCCCUCUCGAUGAGCAAGUCGAUUUCUUAACAUAUUCGACUGCAUCCGAGACCUACGUGCUCGGUACAAGCACUGUGGUUGAGUUCAAGUUACCUGAAGAUGACGAGUUACAUCCCGAAUGGCGUGGUGAAUCCACCGAAUUCCUACCAGAAGUUCCCCAGAGUUCUAUCAAAGUUAUUAGCCCCCAGAAUUGGGCUAUUAUUGACAGUUACCCGCUUGAGCCCGCUGAACAUGUGACGGCCGUCAAAAAUGUGAACCUUGAGGUUUCCGAGAAUACUCACGAGCGGAAGGAUCUCAUUGUCGUGGGCACGUCGAUCGCGAAAGGCGAGGAUAUCCCAGCUCGCGGAGGGAUUUACGUAUUCGAAGUGAUCGAGGUUGUUCCAGAUCCGGACCGUCCUGAAACAGGGCGAAAACUGAAGUUGAUCGGCAAAGAAACAGUCAAAGGCGCGGUGACAGCGCUCUCAGGAAUCGGUGGCCAAGGCUUCGUGAUCGUAGCCCAGGGCCAGAAGUGUAUGGUCCGAGGCCUCAAAGAGGACGGAAGCCUUCUUCCCGUGGCAUUUAUGGACAUGCAAUGUUAUGUGAAUGUUGUGAAGGAACUCAAGGGCACAGGCAUGUGCAUCCUUGGUGAUGCAGUCAAGGGACUCUGGUUUGCAGGUUAUUCGGAGGAGCCCUACAAGAUGACACUCUUCGGCAAAGAUCCGGAGUACCUCGAAGUCGUUGCCGCAGAUUUUCUACCGGACGGUAACAAGCUUUACAUUCUGGUUGCUGACAGCGACUGCAACCUGCAUGUACUUCAGUACGACCCGGAAGAUCCAAAGUCAUCCAAUGGCGAUCGUCUUCUCAACCGGAGCAAGUUCUAUACCGGCAACUAUGCAUCGGCUGUGACUCUUCUUCCUCGUACAGCCGUAUCAUCUGAAGUUCUCGAAACCGGAGAUGAUUCGAUGGAUGUUGACCAUACUGUCUCAACUCACCAGGUUCUAAUUGCCUCGCACAACGGAAGCCUGGCUCUGGUCACCGGCGUUGCUGAAGAAUCAUAUCGCCGACUAUCUGCUCUGCAGUCACAACUAACGAACACGAUUGAUCAUCCAGGUGGCCUCAACCCUCGCGCAUUUCGCGCCGUUGAAAGUGACGGAAGUGCUGGCCGAGGAAUAGUCGACGGCACUCUGCUUCGACAGUGGCUUAAUCUAGGGAAACAGCGCCAGUCGGAGAUUGCGGGCCGGGUGGGUGCGACAGAAUGGCAGAUUCGUGCGGAUCUCGAGGCUAUUGGCGGAGAUGGUCUCGGAUACCUCUGA